AUGCUAGAAAAUGAAUGCACUGAUUUAGCCGGCUGCGAAGACAAGAUACUUGGAAAAGAAAGACAUUGUGCUUCCAUAUAUAGCAGAACCCUCCAGAGAAUUAAUGAUAUCAGCAACGACACCAAGGCAACUCUUCUUUUUAGCUUACUUUAUGCUUUACUUUCGUACAUUGACGCAUUUUUGUACAUUCUAGGCGAUAUGGUGAUGAUGAACACUCAAAUCCCUAGCUCGAUAUUGUUCAUAAAGUCUGUGUUAGUCUUACCGGUGACUUUCUUUUUCAUCGUUAUUGUACAGAAAGGGCUGAAAUUUCUUAGCCAGCCAAGAAUUCUCGAAGUUGUCCUUAUAAUUUUAUCUGUGUUCUUCUUGCUAUUUGGGUUGGUAAUCUGGCCCUGUUCUAAGAAGCUUCAGCCAGACUUCUUUUGGUCAAGAGAUAUAUUCAGCGAUGGAAAAAUGAAGAUAAGACAUUUGGACUUUUUCUUUCCCAUAUUUCUUGUCUUUAACGAAUGGGCUUCUACUGUGUUAUAUCUUGUGGCAGAGUUGUGGGGGUCUCUUAUAAUUUCCUUUAUGUUCUUCUCAAGAGCAAUUCAUCAGAGCACAGAAGCCCAGCUAAAGAAGUUCUUACCGGUGGUAUCCUUGAUAUCAGGAAUGGUCUUGCUUUCCUCUGGUUUGCUUACAAGAAGCCUAAACAGUUAUAGGGACACCCUACCAUAUAGCAAAAAGGAAAGUCUGUUCUCUCAGGUAUUUGUUGUAACAUCCAUUUUGACAGCUGUAUCAGCAAUAACAAGCUAUUUCACCGACAAAUUUACACCAAAAGACGAUCGAGAGUAUGGAAGUAAGAAGGAGUAUAAGGACCACAAAAUGGGGUUUACUAAGUCGUUAAGAAUAAUGAGGAAGUCUAGGUUUCUCAUGGCAAUGACCGAGUCUGUAAUAGCUACUUCCGUGUGCUCAAACAUAUUCGAAGCAACCUAUAGAGGAGGAGUAGUAUUGGGAGCUGUUCAGGCUUCUUUGUCUGGAUCUUCUUAUAUCAACAAACUUAAUGCCAUGGCACAGAUAAUAACUUCCGCCUUUUUGAUUGUAAUGUUCUUCAGGCCUGCAACUCAUCUUAUAGAGAGAAAGGGAUGGUUUUUAGUGGCCAUAACAGCACCUGCUAUCGCUAUAAUCACAUUGGUUUUGUUUUUUCCCAUGGUUUUCUUCAACAACAUUUCUGAAGAUGAAGUCAUCACACCCCGGGAGGGGUACCUGGGGAGCUUUGUUUUGGAAAACUAUACCGGGAUGUUUUUGAAUACGAUCAUAAAAAUAUCCAAGUAUUGUUUUUUUGACGUUGCAAAGGAAGCAGCCUCUAUAAGAGUCCCCCCUUCUCAUCGCCAUUCCUUCAGGGGAAUACACGAUGGGCUAGGGAUAAACAUUGGAAAAACAAUAGGGUCUGUGUACUGCACUCUUAUAACGGUGGUGUUUGAUGUUCGAGAUGUUAGAAACAUGGUUUCUAUAUCCACUGUGUUUGUAGGGAUAUUUUGUAUAAUGUGGGUCAGGUCUGUCCUUUACAUAAACAAAAAAUACAAGGAAUCCAUUGAGAAAAAUGACUUUAUCAAUGUGGAAUUGACUGAAUGCUAA